GCGCGGCCGCCAUGGCGGAGCCGUCAGGGCCCUUCCACCUACUGCGGGCCGGGCCGGGCCGGUACCUCUGCUACUGCCUCCCCGGCCCCGGCCCCGGCGGCACCGUCUAUGUGACCGACGCGCUGGAGGUCUGGGCCGGGGAGCUCGGCGCCCGCCCGCCGCUCGGCUGUCGGUGCCAGCCGGAGGAGCACGGCACGAAGCUCAGGUGGGUGCUGCAGCCGCGGGGACCCAGCCCCUCCACCCAGGGCCCCUCCUCACCGCAGCCUCGCCCGCGCAGGGAGGCCUUGGGGCGGGGGGCCGCCUCGCUGAGCCUGGGCCCAGGGAAGGCCACGCUGCAGCUGUGGGAGGAGGCCCGGUGUGCGGCCCUGGAUCUCUUCAAGCUGCCCAUCACUGAGGCGAGAAGCCAGCUCCAGGCGCUGGUGUUUGGCAUGGCGGGGCGUGUCGAGAGCCUGGAGAGACGCCUGGAAGCAGUGGUGGAGACGCUGGCGUCUUCCUGCAGCCCUGAGAAGAACACUGCCCAGAGCCAGCCGCUCUUCCUGCCAGGUAGGCAACUGCCAGGGGGCACCUCCCCUGGUUCUGCUGUUUGUUUGCUUUCUCUUCCCCAGGAGGCUGCCAGUCCUGUGCUCAUGUGCUCUCCAGGACACUCCAAGUCCCCUCGGCUGUGGCUGCUGUCAGUCGCCCUGCUGUCCUGGUGCCCUUCCCAGCACAGAAGGGGUCAGGGCUCAGCAUGGUGCCUCUCAGGGUGUCUGGGGCGCACUGUGCUCAGGUCAGACGCCGGGCAUCACCAGACCCUAGCCCCAGGAAGAACAGGGGUGCUGGCUCGGCUUUGCCAGCCAAGAGGAAGAUCCCGGGAGAGUCUCUCAUUAACCCUGGCUUCAAAAGCAAGAAGGCACCGUCUGGAGUGGACUUUGAGGACUCCUGACCUGUGCUGUCCCGUCCCCCAAUGACAGCCCUACUGGAGCCUUGUCAGCCACUUGUGAGGCUGCUGGUGGAGGUUUCACUGCACCCUGGGCCUGCUGAGGCCCUUGCGCCCAGGGAGGCAGAUGGGACAAGCAGGACCCAGAGGGCUGGAGCCAGCGCCUGGCAGGGCAGCAGGUCCUUGGCUGGUGCAGUGGCAGGGCCUCUGCAGGGGGACAGACAGGGCAGGGGUGACAGAAGUGGUGGCUUUUUCCCUUGCAGCUCUUCCCUGCUGGCAGGGCCUGCCUCUGUACCUUGCUUGCCAUGAAUUGAUGGAGUUUUAAAAGAACUUUUUAUAUUGCUAUGUAACAAAAAGAUUGCCUGUGUUUAACUUAUUGCCAGUAAAGCUGAUUUAAACCA